AGCCCAACUCGGUUGUCAUUUAGUAUUGGGUUAGGUCAGCCCAAGGCAACAUCGUAGUUUUUAGUUAUAACCAUAGUUGCUCUCUCACGCUGUUCCUAUUACUACUAAAAAAAAAUAAUAUCGCCGCAGUUACUAUUUUCUCGUUCGUAGAAAAGAAAAUAAAAAGUAUAUAUUUUUUAACUUGAAAAACGAAUAUAAAACUAUCCCACUGUCUGUGACUAGUGUUUAAAUAAAAUUGUGUUUUUGAAAAAAAUUCUUUUUCUUUCUUAAAAGAGAAAAUUUUUUAUUUACGCUCGCGACAAAGUGAUAAUUUUCCGCCGUGUAAUUUCUUUUGGAUCACAUGCUGUUGUGUUGUGCUUGUGUUGUAAACAAGAAAUUCACGUCAGUUGUUAUCAAGUGCAUGGAGUAUUUGUGUUUUGCUAUUUAAAGUUCGUAGGAUGGCACUUUCUUAUCUACAGGAGGCGCAAAUUACCGCAGGUCUCUUACCCGGACAACAUCUCGACAUGAAGCAAGACAAUGAAAAGCAACCGCCAUCGCCACCAUUAAAUAAUAACAGUGCAGCGACAUUAUUCUCUGGAAUGGGAGCUGCCGCUGCUGGAUUAUCAAUGUUGACACCACAACAAUUAUUGGCAGCGAGUAGAACUGCGGCUCUAAUGGCCGCUGGUAUUCCAGUUUCACUUCAUGCAACAUUAGCGGCAAGUCCCGCACUCUAUAGGCAUCAUCAGACAUUAUUUGGUGGCUGGUUACCACCGGGUGGCGGCUCAUCACCACCAUCGCCACUUCAUCCCACAUCGGGUUCAAUAUCGCCUGCCUUAAGUACCAAAUCGUCAUCGCGCGGAAGAAACAAUCACACCAAUAACAGUAUUAAUUUCAAUAACAAUAAUAAUGUUGUGAGCAGUAGUGCCGAUCGAAUAACGAAAAAAGGCCAACCACUGAAGAGAAAGCUCACGACAAAAACGAAAAUUGAAAGUAUUCAACUACCUCUUGAGAGUGGCGCACCCCUAAGUCCGCCCUCGUCCAUUAGUCCGGAAGCCGUCAAGGACAGUAGGGAUAAGGUCUUUACUUGCGAGGUUUGCUCGCGAUCUUUCGGCUACAAACACGUGUUGCAGAAUCAUGAGAGGACUCAUACAGGAGAGAAGCCUUUCGAAUGUCCCGAGUGCCACAAACGAUUUACGAGGGACCAUCACCUAAAGACUCACAUGAGACUGCACACGGGGGAGAAACCUUACCACUGUAGCCAUUGCGACCGACAAUUCGUUCAAGUCGCAAAUCUCCGUCGUCACCUUCGCGUCCACACUGGCGAGCGACCAUACGCCUGUGAAUUAUGCUCAGCAAAAUUCAGCGACUCCAAUCAAUUGAAGGCCCAUCUAUUAAUUCACAAAGGCGAGAAACCCUUUGAAUGUGAACACUGCCGAAUGCGUUUCCGUCGAAGGCAUCAUCUCAUGCACCACAAAUGCGGCCUCGGCGGCUCACACACCACAUCAACGACCAUGAGCAGCAACGCAUCAUCAACAAGAUCACAAAUUGGCUCACCAUCAUUGGCAAGCGACGAUCUCGACGAGGACAUUGAUAUCGACAUUGACGUCGAUAUGCGACUAAAUUCCCACCAAGAGAAUUCCCACAAAAUGCGUAAUACCGUCCAAAUGCCAAUUCAUCGUCAACUCACCACUCCAAUUAUCAAGCCAAUUAGUUCAAUGUCAUUGCCUCUGAAUUUAUCCAAUAUUCCAAAUGAUCUACCCGAACAAACGGAACCUGAGGAUCUAUCAAUGUCAACAGGAAUGCAUCGUUCGAAUAAUUCGCACAGCGGCGGUGAUACACCACUCAGUCAAAGUCCAUGCAGUGUUACACAUCAACACGAUCACGAGGACGAUGAUAAUGACGAUGACGACGAACUCAACGUCUCCGAAGCUAGUCCAAGUACAUUGUUCCUACAAAAAACUUCCUAACGACUCACACACAAUAUUUCAAUCAUAAAACUUUUUUAAAACCCCACAUCGAUUUUUCAAAAUCGUCUAUAAAAAUCUAUUCCGAGCGUAAUAGGCAAAAAAAAAAAGAAGAAUUCAAACUGAAAGUUGAAAAUCAAAAUUAUUAAUAAAUGUAAAAUAGAGAAUUAAUUACUAUUUGUUGAUAACUAUUAUUAAAAAUGGUAGUAAAAAAUUUUUAAAUGUAUUAAAAUUUUUCUUUAGUUAAUAAUUAUUAUAAUUAUUCAAAAUUAACAUUUGUUUCUCAUUGUAAAAAUAUGUGUAUAAAAGAAAACGAAAACUAUUAUUAUAUCAAUUACAAUAAUAAUAGUAAUAAAAAUAAUAGUUUUAUUUAACAGUAAACAAAUGAAAUGUUAAUGUACCUACCAAAAUUAUAAUAAUUAUACAGUAUUUACAAUUAUCAAAGUAUUUUAAAAUAAUCAACCGAAAUAGGUACAAAAAAUGUAGAUCUUUCAAAAAAUUGGUUAUUUUACACAAUUUUUUUUUAAACACACUGAGAACAAUACGCAAUCUAUAACAGUCAAAUUUAUUACAACAACAACGUGUGUUUAUUAUUAGUUAAUAUUUAUUUUUAAUUAAGAGAGUUAUUUAAUGAUUAAUAAAUUCAAACUAAGAAAAUUC